AUGGCCGCCAAGCGCUCCAAGGCGGGCGGCAAGAAGAAGGGCGCCGGGGCGGGAGCCAAGGGCAGGCGCGGAUCCCCGCGCACGCCCCAGAAGGCGGAAGAGGCGCCGCCGCAGAGCCCCCACGAUCGCGUGUCGUUCAUCCGGCCCUUCUGGGAGACGCUGUCGCAAGAGGAGCGCGUGAAGCUGCUGACGGUGAGCCUCGAGGAUGUCCGGGCCAGGGCGGAGGCGCACGCCGAGAGGGCCAAGGCGCUCGCGGCCAAGGGCAUCGCCAGCGACCCGCAGACGCCGCAGGGUCGCCUGGAGCCGCGCGUGGCGGAGAUCCUGGCGACGGGCCUGCAGCGCAUCGCCACGGAUCCCACGUGGAAGAUCUGGCGGUGGGGCGCGGAGGGAAAACCCUACACCGACGCCGAGGCCUUCAGAAAGGACGUCGAGGAGGAGCAUUUCAGCGAGGAGCUGAGGAGGCUGCUGCCGCGAGACGAGGGCAAGCCCGUGGAGAAGCCGGCAGAGGCUGCCCUGCGCGAGAGAAUGACCAACCUCUUGAGCCAGAUCCAUGUCCAGCUGCAGAACGCCCAGGACGCUUGGCGGCGCGGCCAGCGCAACCCCCCAGACCAGGGAGAGACUGUUGUGCGCGAUGGCAACAUCGACCUCGUGAUCUCUUUUCUUGAAGGCCUGCAGCAGGAGCACCACUGCCUGUACCAGACCAUUUUGACACCUGUGACAGAUUUUGUUGUGGGCCAUCUGCCACUGAAGAACAGGAAGAGCAGCCGCACGGAGCUGUUCUUUGAAGAUUUGGAGAAGCUCCCUCCUGAGGAGGUGGCACGGUUGUAUGAGUGGCUGACCGAGAAAGUGGACUCGCUGUGCGCUAAACUUAAGCCUGACCCCAAGGAGGAGGAGAUCGAGGAAGAGGAGAGCGUGGGCGAUAUUGACCUGUUUUCCCUCACGGAGAGCUCUGAAGACCUCACGGUGAACCCCAAGUGGCUCCAGCACCUGCAAGAACGACGGCUCAGCGAUGAAGGCCAGCCCCGCAGGGUGAAGGAGGGAGAGGACCCUCACAAGGUGGGGCUUGUUCUUGAGUGGGUCUACGGCUCCAUCGUCUCGACUGCUGAAAAGGCGCGAGAUGGUGCCAAGCGCCCCCUGGGCUCCUGGCAGCCCUCCAUCAAGCAGGCUAAAGAGAACCUGCUGGUGGCUCUAAGGGACCAGCGCGACUGGGAAGCCCGUGCAAGCAAGGCCAAGGAGCUGCUCAAGAGCAUGCUGGACAGCCGGUGUGAUGCGGCAGAGCUGGAAGCUGCCCAUGGAGUUGUGUUGCCGGGCACCCCCGCGGGGCAGAAGGUGGCUGACCAGACAGAGGAGCUGGAGGACGGGGUUGUUCUGAAGGUGCUGAAACGGGAGGAGCUGCUGACGAGAGCCAAGCUGCAUGUGCUGCAGUAUGAGAGGAUGAUGGGUGACUCACAGUUGAGAACGCUGAGGGCGGAGUUGAUGCAGGGCGAGCCAGAGCUGGAACGGCUGAAGCGGGAGCUUGAAGAGGUAAAGAACACCCCCAGGGGUCUCGAGGGCACAUUCAGGACAGCUGCUGAGAAGGAGCGCCACCGUGCACAACUGGCAGACUCCCUACUGGAGGAACAGCUUGAGGUCCAGAGCGCCUUCCGUGAGCAGGGCGCUAGGUUGCAGGGCAUCUAUGACAAGCGCCAGAGGACUGAGAUCGAGAUGGCCAAGAGGGAGCAAGAGAUCAGCCAGCUGAGGAGCUGGCAAGGCAAUGUCAACCGCCUCAUCUCCAAGUUCGAGGCUGCCCUCGGCACUGCCAGCGCUGAUGCCAAUACAGAAGCAUCAACUUCUACGACCAUAGAGAAGGCUACACCGGCCAUAGAUUGCUCCACCACUGCAGAGACUACUGUGAGUACAGAGGCCACCACCACGUCUGCACUAGUGUCCGCUGAAGGUGGUACAGCUGCUGUACCUGCAGAGGGUACUGCCACCAAGGGCAACGAAUCUGCUCUUGCGACCCUGAAGCAGACCUUCAACAGGGACUUCAGGAAGCAGCUGUACAGUGGUGCUGAUGACCGCGAGUUUUUCAAUCGCAUAAAGGCGGAGCUGAAACAAGUCGAUCGCAGACUGGAGGAUGGUGCUGUUGUGCUGCAGCACUUGGAGAUGUUCCUCAUAAACGUCUCGUGCGAUGAUCCAGGUGCCGCCAUUGGAGGCGUUCUGAUCCUUCCUCUGCUCCAGGAGCGCCUGGACAAGGAGGCAAUGAAAUUUGCAACCCACAAGGCCUCCCUUGCCGAGGAAGAAAUACUUCAAAUGGAGGAAGAAGACAUCAAGAAGAGCGCAGCAGAUGUCGCCAAGACCCAGAAGCGCAAGAAGAUGCUCAAAGACAAGCUGCGUCUCGCCAAAGAACGCAGGGCGGCUGAGCAGCGUGCCAAGGAGGAGGCUGAGGUGGCAGAGCACCAGGAAAGAAGCCAAAGGGAGCAGGAGCGGAUUAUGGCCGAACUACAGAGGAAGGAAGAGGAGGCUGCGCGCCAGAAAAUGGAAGAUGAACAGCUGGUUGAGAAACGACGGCAGCAGCUGCUCGAAGAGGAGAAUGGGUACUGGCGGUUGAGAAUGGAGGCGGAGACCGCCCCGCUGGAUGAUGCACCUUCUCCCAGCCAGCCACAGGAGGCUGCAGACUCCAGCGAUGACAAUUUCCAGAGCGUGCGGCGGCGGGCACAGGAGCGGCGCCAGCAGCAGCAUGGCUUCCACAGGCGUGCGCCCAGUGGUGGCUUGCCUCGUUGGGGAAGCGGCCCAGACUGGCAUGAUCAGAGAGAGGGCGGCAUGCACAGGCGGCACAAAUCGGCUGCUGAACUGGACUCUAUGAACCGGAAGAGGCCCUCGUCAAGCAAGGAUGGCAGUUCGGCUGAACGGCAGGGCUCCAGGCUCACGCCACGUCCCCUUCGGCAGCCGGGCAGUGCAAGAAUAAACCGGCAGGCAUCAGGUGCUUUCAGCAAUGCACAGGUGGGCACCCCACCUGUGCCUCCAAACUGUUCAAGGAGCCUCCCUGUGACAGGCAUCACUGCCCCCACUGCAAACUUGGCAAAAGGGAGUCAGCCUUCAGCAGUGGGUCAGAACCAACAGGCUGCUGAGCAAAAGAGCAGCCUUGCAGUUCAACAGGCAGCUGCGCAGACGCCUGCCAUUGGCAACACUGAUGUGGUGGGCAAAGAUGUGGCCACCACUUCCAGCACUGUUCGCCGGCAAGCAUGGGUGAAGGGGGCCAUCCCCCCGGAGGUGAUGGGCUUGUCAGCAAAGAAGGAGACAGAAUGUGCAGAAGUGUCGCAGGGGGAGAGCAGCGAAUCCAGCAAGGCCGGCAGUGUCAGUUCCCCAGACACACCCGAUGCCACUGAAGUGGGCGCCCCAAGCAUCAGGUCUGAGAGCGAGGGGUCGAGUCGGAGCAGACUCUCCGGGGCAGCGCAGAACGGCUUGUCUCAGAUCAAGACCAAGAGCAAGGAGGUGCAGGAAUUGGGCCCUGAGUCUCCCAGCGAUCGGCCUCCAUCGCCCCCAGUCUUUAGAGGGAGCGGAGUGCAGUUCUUUGAGAUGGUUAGGUCCGUGUCAGGCGUUGACGAAACCGCCCUGCCCGGAGCUGGGGAGUGUGCCCAGGAAGUUGCGCUGGUGGACGAGGAUGUCCCUAAGCAGGCAUCACCCACAACCAGGCAUACAAGUCCUGGGCCCCAUAUGAUGAUGACGCCCAUGGGGCCUGUGCCCUUUGGGAUGCCCAUGUGCGGACCAAUGGGCCCCAUGCCUGGCAUGCACCCAGGCAUGUACUCACACAUGCGGCCCAUAGGUCCCCCAAUGAGACCCAUGGUGCCAAUGAUGGUGCCACCUUACAUGCGCCCACCGUCCAGCACACCCACGUCAAGCCCAGCAUCUCCUCCAUCGAGCCCUGCUUCAGACUCGGCUCAGCCAGCUGGCGACUCACCACAGAGUCCGGUGCCACCCCAGGGCGGCCCUGCGGGCCCUCGGCCAAACAUUCCACCAGUGUACUUCUACCCGCCACACAUGAUGCCACCAGGUGGGGCGAUGGUGCCACCGUUUAUGCCGAUGGUGCCUGGCCAGUGGAUGGGGUACCCGAUGGGCCCGCCUCAGGGGGUCCCAUCCAACGAUCGUCGCGUGAAGAGCUUUGCUCUGCGACCAGACGCCAAGGAGUUCAUUCCGCAGAGCUUGAUGGCCACGUCUAAGGAUCAGGACUCUUCAGAUGCUGGCAGCAACUCGAGCGGUGGCACUGGGACAGACACGGACGUGGAGCCGAGCAGGUACGCCCCUGUCGAAGAUGCCGGAAAGAUGGAGAGCACCGCUCCGCAGUCUGAGCACUCCUCACAGAGCACAGCGUCGGACACGGAUGAGACCACCUUCAUUGAGGUGAAGAGCUCUGGAGUGGCCCCAGCCGAUGGGGAGGCCCCCGUGCCCGACAUCCCAGGUGCUGCACACGUCGUGGUGCAGUCCAUCGAACAGAAGGCUUGA